AUGUUGCAAUUCGCGACUGCUUUCCUUGCAAUCAGUGCAAACGUUGUCAUGACGCAGCCAAAUCAAGAAUACAUUGCUCCCGGGGCUCGUGUCAGCUCUAAUUACCGCGACAUGACCAUCCGCCGCUUACGUACUCACGAAAUUGGGACAGUCCCAGAAGAGAGGAUGCCUAUACACGAAUUGGAAAUUGAAGAUCUAAUCACCAUUAUCGCCUCUAAGGUGGUCCCCGAAUUAUCGCACUCUGAGUCAAUGUCUCUACUAAGCGCUGAGGCAGCACGGAGUCGGAGUUUUAAGGAUAUGGCAGCUGAUGAACUCGAUGUGGAUGGUGCGCUGGAUUUGCUAAAAGCUGUGCAAUCAAAGCCGGAAACCACAGACAUGACUCCUACGUUUGGUGUUUGGGAAGAAUCGAACUUUGAUUCCGCAACAGUAGAAAAACUGUUUGACAGUAAGAAGAACGACGAAAAUGAGAGUCAUAUUAAGACAAUCGUGGAAGCUUACAAGAAAUUUAGAAAGGAGAAGUGA